CUCUAUAUAGAUAUUAUAUUGUCAGCUUAUCAUAGUAUUAGAUCGAUAUGAAUUGAUAUGAUGUUGCUAUGAUAUUCUUUAGGUUCAGUAUUUAUUUAUUUAUUAUUAUUAUUUUUUUUUUUUUAAUAGUAAAUCUUAACUGAGGCAGUUCAGGAAAUCCUCUGAUAUCUGCGAUAACAGGCCAGCUCCACGCUCCAGGCCUCUGGCAGCUGCAGUGGCCUGGCGAACUGCUUGACUGAGCAUCUUCUCCAGCCGCUGCCGCUGCUGCUGCUGGCGUCUCCUGUAGUGCUGCUCCGACGGCAAAGCUGUUGCCAGAAUGCACGCCCGUUCCAAGCCAUCGCUGCCCGCUGCUCCCUGCUGCUGCUGCCAGGUGCGGAAGGACCCCUGCCGAACAUGCGGAGCUGCGCCGCUCGCCGUCAGCUGCUGUGGCCGGCGCGUGGGUCAGUGCUCGCUCACGAAUGCACUCGCUCCAUACCCGGAUGAGAUCAUCAUGACGAUAUUGGAUCGUAUACUCUACUUCUUUGGCGCCACCAAGAUCUGCCAUCAGCCAGGCAACCCUCCAUGCAGAUCUCCGGCGCCUGUUUGCGCCAAGAGCAGCUGCACCUCGGUCACCUGCACCUCGGGCCAAAUGUCCAAGUGCAGCAAAUCCAGCAGCUUGAGCAAGCUUGACGGCGCCAAGUUGACGGGCAACUGCAAGUCCAAGUCGUCCAGCCGGAAGUCUAGGAGCUCUGUGGGCCAAUCCACUGGCUGCUCUGCCGGGCCGCGCACGCCGCACGUCGACUUUGCCCAUCCCGCUAGCGAUAAUCGUCGGCGGAGUGCCGACUCCAUCAGCCUAUCGGAUCGCAUGAAGGUGUCGCUGUCGAAGGCCUCGAUCGCCUAUAGUCGGCUCAAGUCCAAGCUGUCCGCCAAUCUGCAGCACCUGGGCAGGAAGUGGCUGUGGACGCGUCUGGUGCGCUCCGAGAACGGCUGUCACAUCUACGAGGUGUACAAGAACUCCGCCAAGGAGCCGGACUCAUGCAGCAUGUCGGGCGACAAGGAACCGGUCAUACUCUUUCUGGUCACGCCCAACGGACAGGUCAUGCCCUUCGAGUCGCUGUCGAAUUGCUAGAGCUGCAUGCUUCUGCAUUGGAUAUUCGAAAUUUCUGUAUGACAAAUAGACCUUGCAUAUUUUACCGUUAUACAUGGGUAAUUUUUAUAAAAAUACAUGUG